AUGAGAGUGAUACUUAUUUUCCUACUUGUGACUCGCGUGUCAGCGGACUUUCCUUGCAUGUGUUGCCAGCUACAGGUGGAUGUAUACUCUGGGCCGUCGACUGAGGGAGUAGUAUUAGGAAGGCUUUGCGACAAUGGGAUCGAUCUGGAAUGCAAAACAUUGGUGAAUGCAACUGUAAACCAAUGGACUGCUAUUUUAUAUCAACACCAGGUGGCCUAUAUUCAAGACCAGGCGGGUGUAAAGCAAAGGGACUGUUUCGCAACUCCGAUGCUAGGCGAAACAUUAACGACAGAUCUUACAAUGCAUCAAUCGGCAACAACUUCCUCAAGUAAACGUAAACUGACAACUGCAACCACUCCAAGCACAACAGCAACAUCCAUGACAUUACCAACGACAACAUUGCAAUCAUUGACAACUAAGAUGGAAAUGACUUCUUCUACAGCCCCAACUGCCACUGCUGUUUUGACACCCGUUGACUCACAUGCAACACCGGCACCGACAACGCCUUCCUUGAAAGGAGAUGUAAACAUGUGCCCAUCAAACGUCCUGUCAUUAUCACACCGCUAUGGAACGCUACUGGCACAACAUGACAGGAGCUGCUACGAACUGAUGCACAAUAAAGUUACCUGGGACCAUGGAGAGGUCCUAUGUCAACAGGCAGGGGGACACUUAGCGAACAUUAAUAACGCACAGGAGCAGAAUUACAUACAAUCAUUUAUGGUGGCAUAUAGUCCAACAAAAGCUUUUUGGAUCGGUUUACAUGACAAACAAUCUGAGGGAAUAUUUGAAUGGACUGCAGGCGACCCAGUGACGUACACAAACUGGAUACCUGGUCACUCAGACAACCUUGUGAGUCACAACGUCGCGGAUUGUGUGGUCGUUGUACCAUACAGAGGGGGGAUCUGGGACGACAUCCCCUGUGGAUCACAGAGCAUCUUUGGUGACACUGGGGAGACGCACCUCGCCUUUUGUGAAUACAACAUCGCGGCUAGUGGUGGUAUGCUAGUUGGACGCUGAGUUCAAGACACUGCUAUGUCGAUGAAGAUGUGCAUAAUACAUCAAUAAAUAAAAGAAAUGCC